GCCCCCAUGUCAUAGGUUGCAGCUUCAGUCCUUGACGUCCCAUUUUGUGUAUUUCUUGCGUGAGAAUGCGCGACGCCUAAGUCGUGCCGCACAAUCGUCAGUUGGCGUCUAUAUUUCGGCGUCGUCAGGCGUCGAGUGCUUCUCUCGUCGUCCGUUACGAAAACGAGAAAGUGCCGAUGGAUUAAAAACUGCAAUUUUGAGUCAUCUUCCGCCUUCAACUAACUCACCCAUUUGCUAUUCUUGCCGCCGUAACAAAAGGGACUGAUGUAGAGUCCGGAAGUGCGCGCCAUGGCCGCGGUCAAGUAGCCGGAAGUGGACCGGAAUGACACCUAUGUUCCUCAACAUACCACUGAUACUGAUUUCUUCACUGGGCAUCCUCUUCAACGGAUACAUCGUGACCGCCGUCCUCCUCACCAGACAGGUGACGACUGCCAAUAACAUUCUCCUGUUGCACCUAGGAGCCAUCGACGUCCUUUUAGGAGUUUUAUUCCUGGCGUUCUCAGUGCCGGGAUUUUCUAAAUCGGUAUGGUUGUCAGACGGCCUUCCGUGCAUUCUUCACGGCUUUUUGUACAAUCUCUUGCACCCCUUAGCGCUAUGGACUAUCUGCGGACUCAAUUGUGACAGAUUUUACGCCAUCGCUGCCCCGCUGCACUACAGCCACAUCGUCAAUGCCAAAAAGGUCCUCGUGGGCUUGGCCAUCGGCUGGACCAUCUCGCUCCUCCUCUGCCUCCCCCCCUUUUUUAAAGUGGCCCCUUACACCUACAUCCCCGGCCUGGAGGCGUGCGCCCCCGACUUCGCCUACGGCUCCGGCACCCUAUGGUACUCCACCCUCUACACCGCCUUCACUCUCCUCCUCCCCGCCACCCUCAUCAUCUGUUGCAACCUCAAGAUCUUGAUGAUCGCGCGCUACCACCGCCACCGCAUCGCCUCCGCCAUCUACGAAGUGACGCUCUCAGCCCAAGUGACAAUAACACACCAAAGAAACCCAUUUUUUGUACCAACAGUCACCGCCCCCAACGCCGGCCCCCCAAAGUUCAAGGGCCGCAGCGCCAUCUACUCUGUACUCCAACUGGUGGGGUCCCUAGCCCUCCUGUAUCUUCCCUACUACAGUUUGAUCAUCUGGGAGGCGACCAGCGGCUCCUUUGAGAAGAUCUCCAAGCGGAUUCAUCCGCAUUUCUUCACAACUGCCAUGGCUUUGCUCACGUGCUCGCCCCCAGUCAACGGUUUCUUGUACGGAGUGAAGAGCAAACCGCUGCGGAAGACCUUCAAGAACUACUGGCGCAAAAAACAGACCAAGAGCGAAGUCAACCAAGAGAUUCAAGCACGGACGCCGUCGACUUGCGGCUCCAGGAGGCCGUCACUCACACCCCUGGGGUUCCUAACCAAACCAACGUUACAAUCCCGCCUCUCUGAAGCGCUACUGGACGUGCAAAAGGUGGUAAACAGCCCACAAAAGCACAAAAUUAAACGAAUCACGACCGAGCUGUCCUGGCGGCCGGCCUCCGCCAACAGUCUCAAUUUCCUGGCACGGGACGACGAUAAAAGAAUCAAACAGACGUCCAGUUGCAACACUUUGCAAGUCCCAAUCAGCGACACCGAAAUCUCCGUUAUCACAGAAGACGAGAAACCUGUGCAAAAAACCCCCAAACCCACCAAUCUAUUUUUGCAAAAGUUCUUCGGCACUUCGGACAAUGACAAGAAGAGUGAGGUGGUGCAGAACAUCCUUGACGGCACCCCGAAGCGCUCCCCCAGGAUCACAAUCACCAGGACCUGCUCCGAGGAGAGCGACACCCCCCGCAGGGAGAGCAUGACCAGGAAGCACUCCCUGUCCAGCACCACGCUCCUGGAGCGCAAGUGGCGCCAGCUGCGGGAGUGUGAAGAGCGAAACGUCCCCACAACGAAACCGCUGCUGGACAAUUCGAGCAACGGGAGCGACUCCUCAGAGUCCGAAACCUCCAGCGGGAAGAUUUUCAUGACGUUGGACGCGAAACUAGACGACCAAAUUUUGCUCACGUGGAAAGACAGGCCGAGGCCCGUUCUGCUGAAGCAGAAAACAGUACAAUCACACGACGUUGUUUUGCAUUAGUCUUAGUUCAAUGUGAUGUCUGAAUGUGAUAAUAGAGUAGUUGAUGGUGCGGAGCGAUUAUUUUGCUACUGUUGGCCGCUUGUUAGUUCACACACCUGUUAAAAUGACAUUAUUCAAGUUUUAAAUGUCUAAACAAUGUUAACAUUCCAUUUUUGAGUAUUGAGCAAUGUAAGAAUGUGUGCACGGUCUGCUUCGUUCACUUCGGUUCAAACUGCGCUAAAUCACAGGGUAUAAAUACAAUCUCUUCGUAGGGGUAAAGAGUCAAUGCAUAUCUUACAUAAUAAUAACCGAUCAGUAUUAAAGCGACUCAUUGAUUACAAUCUGAGAUAAAUGAAUUACGCUAAAUCAAUAUUUUUACGUACGUUGGUCUUGUUUUGUUGUGUAUAUUAAAUGGAAAGUAUUACCGUCUGUAAGAAUAAAACUGUCUUUCUAGUCAUGUCGAAUUGUUAGGACCUUAUUUUGUUUUGAUUAUAUUCGUGAUUAUUUACGAACCACUGUGUUAGACAUUUUAAGUUUAUUAAAUAAAUGUUAAAACAAU